AUGCAGUACAUCGAUGACAACAAGCACGAAUACACAAAACAUCUCCCCGCCAGCAAAGACGAGACUCAUUUUGGUUCGUAUGCGGCGUACGAAGAAAUUGAGACGGGGGCCCAGGACGCCUGGCUCGUAUUUGAGGCGCACAUGUUCCGCUCCGAGAUCGGGCCGUGUCGCUUCAUGGACCAAAUCGGCCUCGACACGGUGGCAUUUAUCGAAGACAACUACAUCCAGGAGCGUGGGCUCGGCGGCACUCUGACCGUCGACUGGCUUCGCAAAGAGUACCUGGCACAAGGCAGACUCGGUCUCAAGAGCGACAAGGGCAGCCUAUACCCACCACAGACGCAGCCACAGGCUCCUCCAGUGCAGUCGCCCCAGCAGCUGCAAGGAGCGCAAAAACAGCAGCAACAACAACCUACUCUCUACUUCCUCGACGUGGGCCUGGGCGGCAACCUGUCGCAACUUGAUGAGGUGGCGCGCAAUGGUAAGAUUCUGCGGCGCGACGGCCGCACGGCGGAGGUGACCACUGUGAUGAGUGGACAGCCUGCGCCGGACGGCAUCGACAUGGCUGGGGACUGCAUGUACUGGACCAACAUGGGGGCAAACGCUGCUGUACGCGACGGCAGCGUCAUGUCGAGCCGGCUGGACGGCAGCGACGUGCAAACGGUUAUGCCGGCCGGUCAAGUCUACACGCCCAAGCAGCUCGUGGCGGUGCCGUCACGGAAGCAGCUGUAUUUCUGUGGCCGUGAGGCCAUGGGCGUGCACCGAUGCGGCCUUGACGGGAAAGAUCACGAGGUGCUGGUGCAGCGGCGAGCCGCGGAUAAGGCAGACGCGUUGCUUCAGAGGUGCGUGAGCAUUACUGUCGACGAGCGCGCCGGCAAGGCCUACUGGACUGACCGUGGCGAGCACCUCCGCGGCAGCUCCCUUAACCGCGCCUCUCUGUCCGGUCCACUCGACCUGCAAAGACGCCAGAUCUUUGUCACCGACCUUGGAAGGAGCGUGUAUAGUGUUGAUGUCGACAGCGGGGCCAAGACGGUGCUGCACUCGGACGAUGGCUGCUACACGGGCAUUUUUGCCACGGAGCUGCACGGGACACAUUCAGCCUAUUCCGAGUCACAAGGCCUGCGGUUUGACCGUCACCCCAUCCCCAAUGUCCCGAGUUCCAGUGAGCGUGACCGCCCCAACAACUACCACAACAACAACUACCACAAUAAUAACCAGCUAUCGCACAACCCACCUCAACCUGCACCGUCCCACGGCUUCCUCGCCGAUGUCACCAACAAGGUUGACCUCGGCGAGGACAUCGACUUCGUCGUCGGCCUGACAGCAUCGGCCCUCACGGCCGACCAGGUGCUCAAGUUGGCCACAAGCAAGGACCACAAGACGAUGCACCUUGCCAAGGCCGGCCUGGCUGGUGCCGUCGCCGCCACCGCCUUCACCAUGAUGGCCCGCGAGCACCGCGAGCACCGCAGCGCCGCAAACCACGGCCGAGGGCGUCGCCGUCCCCGCGACCUGAGCACCGACUCUGGCACAGACUCGGAUCGCCGACACUCCCCCAUGCGUGGCCGUCCCCCAUCAUACCGCGAGGACUGGCCCGUGGUCGCCGGUCCACGGCACUACCGCCGGAGUCACAGCUACGGCGACUACUACACACACGCUCGGUCCACUGGCCAGCUCCCCUAUCCGCCUGACACACCAUCGGACAGUCCGCCUGACACACCAUCGGACAUGACGAAUGGCGAAGUCAAAGAGCUCGCCGCUGGAUGGGUGUCCCGGCAGGCAGGCCAGUCCCAGGCCCACGAGGACCUGACCAAUGUUGAUCUCUGGGAGGCGUGCGUGGCUUACAUCUCGACCGCCCCUAUUGAUCCCGCCACCGGCAAGUACACUGCCGACAUUGCGGAGAUGAACGACUGCUUCGAGCACUACGAAGAAGACGACGUGACGAAGACCGAGUUCAUACUCUGCUAUCAUUGUGCGACUUAUCACCCAUCUCCUCCUCAAGGUGCAGGACAGUGAUAUAGCAAUAGCCAGAUACGGUAGAUGGAUAGGAUGAGUGGGGGGGGGUUACUGUCGCUAGCACAGUAAGCGUCU